CAGACGGCGCUCUCUGGCGUGCACUCGCGCGGCUCGGGCGGUGGCGCAGGGGUGCAGCGCAGCGUCAGUCGUGGCUCUGCCUUCUCUCGCGUGCUCGACCCGCAGGCAGAAGUGUGGGAGGCCGGAGUGCAGCGCGAUCGCUACCGCCGCAUGAGCCGGCAGUACAACGAUGCGCUGGCCAACAAGCCGGCCUCGCUGUCGGAGAGCAUGAAGCGCGCUUCUGCCCGCGUCGGCGGUGCGCCGCAGCCGCCCGUCAAGAACAAGAAGACUCGCCGCUUCUGGAUGAUCUUUGCCGCGCUCAUGACCGUCACGGCGCUGACUGCGAUCGACAUGUCCAUCAUCAGCACGUCGCUGCCGACGAUCGUCAAGGAGCUGCCGCCGUCCUCGAUUCCAGCAUCGUGGAUCACGUCGGCCUUUCUGCUCACCACGACGGCCUUCCAGCCCUUCAUGGGUGGUCUGGCCGACGUCAUCGGCCGCCGCAAUGCGCUCGUCACUGCAGUAGUGCUCUUCCUCGCCGGCUCUAUCGCAUGUGCACUGGCGCAGGACAUGCUCACUCUCGUCGCCGGCCGCGGCCUCAAGGGCGUCGGCGGCGGCGGCAUCCAGGCCAUCGCCGAGAUUGUGCUGAGCGACCUGACGACGCUGCGCGAGCGCGGCCUCUACGUCGGCCUCAUCUCGCUCGUCUUUGCCGUCGCCACGUUCGUCGCCCCCGUGCUGGGCGGCGUAUUCAGCGAGCACGACUGGCGCUGGAUCUUCUGGAUCAACCUGCCGCUCGGAGGCAUAGCGCUCGCCAUGAUCAUCCCCGCCAUGAAGCUGCACACGCCGCCAAUGCCGCUGCGCGCCAAGAUUGCACGCAUGGACAUUCCCGCCAACCUCGUGCUGUUCGGCUCGGUGGUCGCGCUGCUGCUGGCCAUCACCGAGGGCGGCAUCGAGCAUCCGUGGGGCUCUCCUCGCAUCGUCAUUUCGCUGGCGUGCGGCGCUGCAGGCCUGCUGCUCUUCCUGCUGCUCGAGUUCAUCCCGAACCGCCUCUCGCCGGACCCAGUGCUCCCACUGCGCCUCUUCACCAACAUCACUGCAGCAACGUGCUUCCUCAUGACGUUUCUGCACGGCGUCUGCACCUACGGCGCCACGUACAUCCUGCCCGUCUACUUCCAGUCCGUCAAGAGCGCCAACCCGCUGCGCUCCGCCAUCGACAUCUUCCCCUCUACGGCGCCAGGCCCGAUCGCCGCCAUCAUCGCCGGCAUCGUCAUGGCCGCGACGGGCAAGUACAAGCUGCAGAUUGCCUUCUGGUGGAUCACCAUUCUCGUCGGCGUGUGUCUCAUGACGACGUGGACCGUCGACACCGAGACGUGGAAGUGGGUCGUCAUCCAGCUCGUGCCGGGCUUCGGCGUCGGCGCUCUCUUCGCCCUCACGCUGCCGCCGAUCCAGUCCUCGCUGCCCGUCGUCGAGCUGGCGCACGCCACGGCUACGUUUGCCUUCUGCCGCUCGCUCGGCUCCGUCUUCGGCAUCGCGUUCACCACGACCGCCUUUGUCGCGCAGGUCGACCCGCGCCUGGCGGCCAUUCCCGGCGCCGCAGAAGUUGGCCUGCGCGGCUCUACGGCACUCGCCUUCGCCACUGAGCUGCACUCGCUGCCCGCGGAGCUCAUCCGCCCGGUGCAAGAGGCCUACAUGGGCGGCCUGCGCUUCGCCUUCAUCGUGCUGAUCCCCUUCGCCGUGCUGGGCCUGCUCGUCUCUCUCUUCGUCAAGGAGCUGCCGCUGCCGGACUUCAACGAGUCG